CCUUCGUACUUGUUUCUCCUCCUUUACAACAAAACAAAACCAAAAAAAAAAAAAUGGAGCGAUUGAUAUGGUUGUUCCAAUUCCUUUUGUAUUUCAUGCAAUAUCAUCAGGUUUCUUGUUCAUCAUCUAUCUCUUCUUUUUCUACUUGUACACAUCAUUUGUGUCCACAUGACCAGAGGUUUGCAUUGUUGCAAUUCAAGCAUAUGUUUACUAUAAACAGCUCUGCAUCUGCUUCUUGGGCGUGUGGCGAUUUGGCUUCUCCAAAGAUGUUAUCUUGGAACGAGAAUUGUACUGAUUGUUGUUCGUGGGAAGGAGUCACGUGUGAUGGUCUGACGGGUCACGUGAUUGGGCUUGACCUCAGUUGUAGCCAGCUCUAUGGCAGUAUCCAUCCUAACAGUAGCCUCUUCCAACUCUCUCACCUCCAAAACCUCAAUCUCGCCUUCAAUCACUUCAAUUACUCCUUCAUUCCAUCAGCAUUUGGUCACUUUGCCAAUCUGACACAUCUCAACCUAUCUGAUUCCAGUUUUUCAGGCUCAAUCCCAUCAGAAAUUCGCCACCUGUCCAAACUAGUUUCACUCGAUGUCUCCUAUAUGGGUAUUAGACUUGAACCGCACAAUUUCAUAAUGAUGCUCAAAAACCUAACCCAAUUGCAAGAACUUGUCCUUCCUGAUGUAAACAUGUCUUCGGUUGUACCGAUGUCUUUGACGAAUAUGUCUUCUUUGACAUAUCUUGAUCUUAGUUCCACCUGGUUGCAUGGGAAAUUACCGGAUAACAUUUUUCACCUUCCAAACUUGCAAACUCUCUGGUUAGCAGGCAACCAUGAUCUAACUGGUAAUUUACCUAAAGUAAACUGGAGUAGUAGUAGUUCCCUCCAGCAGUUGUAUCUCGGGUUUUCGAGUUUUUCUGGAGAAUUACCUGAUUCAAUUGGCUAUCUCAAGUCUUUGAAUCUCUUGGAUCUUGCCAAUUGCAAAUUCUCUGGGUCCAUUCCUGGUUCAAUUGGCUAUCUCAAGUCUUUGAAUUCCUUGGAUCUCAGCGAUUGCAAAUUCUCCGGGUCCAUUCCUGAUUCACUUGGGAACCUUACACAGAUCACUACUAUACACCUACAGGGAAAUAGUUUCAACGGUCAGAUCCCAUUUACUCUCUCAAAUCUUAAUCUGCUCAUUUCCUUGGAUCUCAGUGGUUGCAAAUUCUCCGGGUCCAUUCCUGAAUCACUCGGGAACCUUACACAGAUCACUGAUAUAGAGUUAUGGGGAAAUAGUUUCAACGGUCAGAUUCCAUUUACUCUCUCAAAUCUUAAUCAGCUCAUUUUCUUGGAUCUUUUUGGAAAUAAUCUCCACGGAAAAAUUCCUAAUUUUAUUGGUAAGCUGGUAAAGCUAGAGUUUUUAGGACUUGGAGGUAACAAUUUCAAUGGUCCAUUUCCAUGUGGGGUAGCCAACCUGACAAAACUUGCUAUGUUAGAUAUAUCAAGUACUGAACUGAUGGGUCCCAUUCCCUCUAACAUUAGUGGGCUACACAACCUACAAGCACUUUACUUGCACAAUAACUCACUGAUGGGUCCCAUUCCCUCCAACAUUAGUGAGCUACGCAACCUACAAACACUUUACUUACACGAUAACUCACUGAAUGGGACACUACCAUCUUGGUUGUUGAAUCUUCCAUCAUUGACAGAAUUAAACUUGGGUAGUAAUCGACUAACUGGCCAAAUUCCUGAGUUCAAGCAUAAAUCAAAAUUGAUGUACAUUGACUUGAGUCAUAAUGAACUACGUGGCCCCAUUCCACAAUCAAUUUCAAAUCUUGUGAAUUUGACACAACUUGAUCUUUCGUCAAACAAUUUUAGUGGUGUUGUGGAGUUACAAACAUUCUCAAAUCUAAAAAAUCUUGUAAUUCUUAAUUUUCGUUUCAACUUGAUUCAGGGACCACUCCCAGUUCUGCCACCCUCUGUAUCUUCCUUCCUCUUCUCACAAAAUAAACUCACCGGACAGAUUCCUUCUUCAAUUUGCAAUGUGAGUUCCCUUUACAUCCUUGAUUUGUCUCACAACCACUUGAGUGGUGCAAUUCCACAAUGUUUGGGACACUUCAGCAGUGUUCUCUUUGUAUUAAAUUUGCGGUUCAAUGCCUUUCAGGGGAACAUCCCCAUGAUAUUUGGAAAGGGUAAUCAGUUGCAAAGUCUUAAUUUGAAUGGAAAUCAAUUUGAAGGACCAGUUCCACAAUCCUUAGCCAACUGUAGACAAUUACAAGUUCUAGACCUCGGAAACAACAAAAUAAAUGACACUUUUCCAUACUGGUUGGGGGCUCUUCCAAAUUUACAGAUUCUUAUCUUGCGAUCCAACAAAUUUCAGGGUCCAAUAGACACUUCCAAGCCAAAAUUUCCCUAAACUCCGAAUUGUUGACCUCUCCCACAAUAAGUUCACUGGUCAUUUGCCAGGGAGAUAUUUCAAUUUCUUCAAAAAUAUGAGGAAUAAAACUAUGCCAAACGAAAAAUAUUUGGGUGUUCGAUCGUAUUAUCAAGAUUCUGUUACGGUGACGAUGAAGGGGUUUGAUAUUUACUUAACGAGAAUUUUGACUGUCUUCACAGCAAUUGAUUUAUCAUCUAACAAAUUUAGUGGAGAUAUUCCAAAUGUGAUCGGAAGGCUUAAUUCUCUCAUAGUGCUUAAUUUAUCUCAUAAUAGCCUUACGGGCCUUAUUCCAUCAUCUUUAGGAGACCUGACAGAGCUUGAAUCACUGGACCUCUCUUCAAACCAGCUUAUUGGGAAAAUUCCUAACCAAUUAAAGAGUUUGACAUUUCUUGAGGUCUUUAACCUUUCAUGGAACCAUCUCGAUGGACCCAUACCGCAAGGUGAACAAUUUGAUACAUUUGGAAAUGAUUCAUACGUUGGGAACUCGGGAUUAUGUGGGUUUCCAUUGUCAAAGGAAUGUAAAGAUAAGCAGGCACAAGUUCAGCCAGGUGUGCUAUUACAACAAGAUGGCUCAAAUUAUGUAAGUGGAUUUACUUGGGAAACCGUGGUGAUGGGGUAUGGCUGUGGACUGGCAUUGGGAUUGGUUCUUGGAUUUCUCAUGUUCUUAACUGGAAAACCAAAAUUGUUUGUAAGAAUUGUUGAAGGGAAAAAGCAUAAAAAGGUGAAAAUGUUGAGGCGAGGUGGCAGAAGAAAUUAGCAAACAUGGAUAAUGCUUUCAGGUAAAGACGUGAUGAUCCCACCAAGUUGACGGCGCGGAUAAUUGUAAAGAGUAUAAAGCUCUUAUUUUGUUGUGAUGUUUUUUUGUAAAGCCAAGGGCUAAUGUGUAUGUGUCCAAGAGACCAUUUUGUGUAACCGGGCUAUUGCCUUGAAAGAUCUAAGCCCUUAAGGGCAUUUUAUUUGUUUUGAGAUUAGAUGCUUCACAUGUUAUAGAACUAUGUAUUCGUUAUGUUGUGAAUGUGAAUCGCAAGUGAAACUUUUGUAUUUAAUCCAUUUAUUGUAUAUGUGAUGUUGGAGGGAUUAUUGUCAUUGAUUAAUGAAGGAUCAUUCGUAUGGGUAGUU